GAUUUUAGUUGCCUCUGUGCUUUUUGUUUACAAAAUAAUACUGUGUUGGGUACGUUUACAAGGGUUUAGCUUUUAGGUUACCUAUUGUAUCUAAGCUCCCACCUUAAGCUGUUGACAGGUCUUCGGGGUUUUUAGAACAGGAACUCUGGAUAAAAAUCUGAAUUGCUACCUGUUUUGAGGUUUACCUACCCUCAUAACCAUGUGCUAUAGUAAAUCUUCUGUCAUCCUGAAAAUGGGAUGUAUAAGAAAGGGAACUCAGCUGCCUUUAGAUCAGCUGGUGUGGAGGUACAGUUUGCCUUCCAGUUUACAGGAUCGCAGGCUACCAGAGGGGAAAGUGGGGUGAUGUGAUAUGAAUUAACCUUUUUAAAAGCCAGCUACAGUGGUUUAGCUACAGUAGUGCUAGUCAUGCCAGGGUCCAAAAGUUAUGGGGCUUAUGCAGCAGAGGGUGCCUAGAGUGGUAGAUUUUGGGAUCACCUGUGCUUGCCCCAAAGGGUGGCAGGGGCAGAUGAGGCUGGUGGGGCUGCCCAGGGACCAGGGUAGGCUGCCACCCAGGUAUCUGAGGAAGUCCUCUCACCCCUAUCUCCUGGGUAAGAUUGUUGCUGUGGUCAGGCUCUUAGCAGCCUGGGGCUUGUCUGAGUGGCACUGUCAGGUUUUCAGUCCCUGGAACAGCCCCUGCCCUGGACUCUCACUGCUGCCACCACAGCAGCAAGGAGCUCAUCUGGAAAGAGGCAGGAGGUGUGAAGGUUGCUGAGGGCCAGGUUGGGGGUGGGUCAGCUGAGAUGGGCUGGGGCCCCAAACCUAUUCUUGCACCAGGCUCACUGAGGCUUUGUUAUGUCCUGGACCUGCUAGAGGGGAAGGUUGGGUAGCAAUAUGCCCCCUCUUGCUAAAGGGGUGUAUCAGGAUGGACCUCUGAGCUGCUGAGUGGGUGAACCUCCCAAGAGCCUGGAGCAGGUGCUGUCUGCAUGUUAUUUCUGUGGAACUUAUCCCUGUAGUAGGGUGGGAGGCAGCAAUUUAAUGCUGAAAAUGGGCUUCUCUGACCUACUGGGAAAUACCUAGCAGGAGAGGGGGCAAGCCAGGCCCAGAGGUGAGGUUUGUGGAACCCUCUUGACUUGCCAAAUAGGAUAGUCUAGCUGUCUCUCUGUGACACUCUAGUUGAUGCUUCUACCUAGACAAUCUUUCACCUGAAAAAUUUCACUACAAGGUGUUUGGACACUAGGUUUGCGUGGUCCUUUGGCCGCUGCUGGUUCAGUGCUUGGCUUUUGUCUCUGAAAUGGGCACUGAAUAUGAUUCUGAUGCGAUGCAAUGCAACCCUUGUUAGCGGAGCAGCCAGAAGAGGAUUCUGCAAAUGCAAUAUGGAAAGGUGUUUUUACUUGUGUUCUAAAUGUGGCGUUUCACUUGCAUCUGCACACAGUCCCCAGGAGCAAAGGUGUAGCUGUAUCUGCAAUAUUUGGAAACCUCCCGGUCCUGUAGCCUGCUCUGGGGCUAGCUUAGCUAUCUCCAAGGGGUGCAGCUUGCAGGAGUGGCCAUGGAGCUUCCGUGUGCAGCCGCAACACAGCCUGUCUCUUUAAGUGCAGACAGCAGGCGGGACUCGCCCGGCCACUGUUGUGUCAGGUGAUGAGGGAGCAGCAAGUGAGGGGAAGCGGAAGCCUGAGGUCUUAGUCGGCUCCUAUGUCCUGCCCUUCGCUUCCUGCAGUGGAGAAAGGAAAGCACCAGCCGUAUCUUUCAGGAAGUGAUUUAGGGCAGCAGAAGCCUAAAGAAAAGUUGAUUGUGGAGGUAUAGAGAACAGUGAUUCAAGAUUUCACUCUGGAUCAGCCAGUUCCAGAAUAAUCCUGAAACUAGGGAGCAGAUGGCAACACUGUCCCCUCAGUUGCUAACUGCGGCAGCUCAGCAGAACCUUAGACCAGGAAGGAAGAAGAGUUUAUCUCCAGCUGCCUCCUUGCACCUGGCUGGGGAGAUCUUAGCUGUAGCUUCUGGAUUGAAACCCGCUCUCCUGUACGAUUACAAUUCAGUUGGAGUAGACAAAAUCGAGAACUACCUUCUGCAGAUCCAGGGCAUUGGCCUGACAAAGCAUCGGCUGCACCUUCUAAAUAUAGCAGACAAUGUUCUGAUACUCAACCUGGAGAAGACGGCACUGUGGCUGGAAAUGCUGUUAUUCACAAACAAAGUGCCCUUCAUUGAUGUUUCAGCGUCUAGGACAUGUCCUGGCCAUUGUGAGCCAGAGUAUGUGGAAUCUAUAAAAGGCCACAUUGCUGAAAUACUGGCUCAUGUUAAAACACUGCCAAAUAUCACAUCCCAGCCGGUCACUACCAGUGAGAUCUUCUCUUCCGAUUGGAAUCUAUGCACCAUCUUUGGUGUUCUCCUGGGCUACCCAGCUUCCUAUACUUUCACUACCAACCAGGGGUUUGACAACUGUUUGUCUCUGACCCCACUGAGAGUUUUUACUGUCCAGGCCUCUUGCUGUAGGAUAAGUAAAGAACUCAGAGUCCGAAUUUAUUCCUUUAGUGUCCCAGAGAACCUGUAUCUUGCCAUGAAGGAGGCCUUGGAUGCAUGGAGUGGAAAUCUGAAGGAUGUAUUUAGUGUGCAGAAUGACUUUGCAAACCUCUGUAUCUCAACGGAGGUGGUUUCUCUAGCCGCUGUUGCUUUGUAAAUCUAGUUUCUUCAUUUCUUUUCAUCACAGGCUUGGGGGGUGCCAAGCAUGAAAUCUAGCGGGACACUUAACACUGCCCUAUGGACAAAGGUUCCCCCAAGAAUAUCUUGAAACCACAGCUCUCCCCCACACCUGGAAUUUAGGGCCCAGAGUACUGGAUGUGAAGGGUGAGCAUAUUAGAUGCUGAACCUGUAUUUGCCCUGUCACUGAUAUAUUGAACACUUGCUUUUCCUGGAAGUGCACUUUGUGGAUUCAGGCACCCACAGCUGGGUUGCAGGCAGUUCAUGGAUGGAUCCCAGUUGUAGGGUGUUCAACUUCUAGGGUUUGUCUACACUUACAACACUGCUGUAGUGCUUAGUGAAGAUGUGACCUAUGCCGAUGGGAGAGCUGCGCCCUUCAGCCUAGGUACUGCACCUUCCUGAGAGGCGGUAGCUAUGGUGACGGGAGAAGUUGUUCGACAUAGCACUGUCUACACCAGGAGUUCAGUCAAUAUAGCUGUGUUGCUCAGGGGUGGGGAUUUUCCACUACCCUGAGUGAUGUAGUUAUACCAACAUCAGUUCAUAGUGCGGACCAGGGCCUAGUAACCUCACUCAAAUGGCACAAUUGAACUCCACCUCAUUUUGUCUUCCAAAUAGAACUGUGGUAAUUCAAUUCCAUUCCCUGCCCUACCACAUCAACAGGUGCUCCUAAUGGCGGUUUGAUUAGAAGAAUGACCAUAGUGACAGGAGUCAAGAAGCCAUGAGUUCUAAUCUCAUUUUUUCCUCUGGGUCCAUUGGGGCAAGUGAUUUCUCCCCAUAUGUGCCUCAGUUUCCCCAGCUGUAAAAUGGGGAUAUUUACCUCUCAGAAACAAUCUGAGGAUUAAAAAGGGGUCCAUAUUUGUACCGUGCUUUGAACAUGUAAAAUUUUAUAAAUAUUGUUACUAAUUGCCUAUGUUAUCUAGUGUAACCCAUCUACCAUAGACUGCUUGUGCUCACAGCACAGAUGUGUGCGUUAAAGAUACGUGCUGUUGUCAAAGCAACAGAACUCAGCUAUAAAAGGAAUUUCAGUAAGUACCCAGCAUUGACUUGGAUUAACAUGGUAUUGACAUUUCACAAUUUUUCUCCCUACGCUUAAUUAAAAAAAAAAAAAUUAGCAACCUGUAGUGCUUUGUAUGGAUUGGAGGGUGGCGGGGAGGGGAGAGGAUGAGGCUACAAUGAACAACUAGGAGUUGAUGAGGAGCUGGACAAGAGCUGAGACAGUCUAGACGGACAGAAAAGGCAGGGAGGGUGCAAGGUUUUGUGUCUCCUACUAAGUUCUUUCCUCCCGCAGUGGGAGAUUUUAAGUGACUGAUACUGUGC